AUGCCUCUCCCGUCAGACACAAAGGUCGUUGAAACAAGCCAGGGUCUUGUCAAUGUACUUCAAGACCUUGCGGGGCCUCACCCAGGAAUUCGUCCCGCUCAUGCCAAAGGAUUACUCCUGAAAGGUACGUUUGUGCCAACAGAGACGGCCAAGUCGCUGUCCAAGGCGUCGCACUUUAACAACCCGUCGACACCAAUCCUCGGCCGCUUUUCCAACUCGACGGGCUUUCCCGAGCUCCCCGACACAGAUCCCAACGGCAACCCGCGCGGCUUUGCCCUCCGCUUCCUGCUAGCCGAGACGCCGCGCCGGAUCCACACGGACAUUGUGACACACUCGGUCGACGCGUUCCCGGGCACUACGGGCGAGGAAGCCCUGGCACUCUUCGCGGCGCUGCGGGACGGCACCGGGGGCGACUAUAUCGCCACCCACCCCAAGGCGCUGGCCUUUGUACAAACCCCCAAGCCGACACCAGUCAGCUUUGCGCGGCAAAAAUACUAUGCCGUCAACGCGUUCAAGCUCAUUUCGGCCGCGGGAAAGGAGACCUUUAUCCGCUACCGCGUCGUCCCCGUCGCGGGGGAAGCGUACCUGGACGAGACGGAGCUCCAGGGCAAGAGCGCAGACUUUCUCUUUGACGAGAUCUCCGAGAGACUGUCGGGAUUGGGCGGCGGUGCCGCCGUUGAAUUCAAGCUGACCGCGCAGGUGGCGGAAGACGGCGACGUGACCAAUGACAACACGGUCAAGUGGCCCGAGGAACGAUCCGUCGUGGAGCUGGGAACCAUUAGGCUCGAGGGCGUCGCCGAGGACCAGGCGGCACAGCAGAAGCACAUCAUCUUUGACCCGAUUCCCCGCGUCGAAGGCGUCGAGGCCUCGGAUGAUCCGCUCCUGCAGGUGCGCGCCGGUGUGUACUUGAUCAGUGGCAAAGAGAGGCGUUCUGCUUAA